AGGACAGGGGAGACCAGCUGCCCCUGAAUCCCAGGACAACCAGCUGGAUUUCUGCUCAGAGCAGCCACAGCAGAGGCUGGGAAACAUGGUUCCAACACAGUGGAAAUCCCAGCUUUGUUUCCUGCUGCUGGGGCUGUUGGGAAUGACCAUCUUGGUCCAUGCCCCACCUCCUGGUAUAACCCCAGCUCAGUGGUUUGUAAUUCAGCACAUUAAUAUGACCAGCGAUGUAUGCAACAUUGCAAUGCGGGCAAUUAACUUCUAUAAUCGUCCUCCAAGGAUAUGCAAAAACGAAAAUACUUUCCUCAACACAACUACAUUAGCUGCUGUAACUAAUCUUUGUCAUACUCCUAAUAUAACCUGUUUCAGGCAAGGCCGUAAUUGUCAUAGGAGCCCAGCUACAGUGAAUGUUACCUACUGCAACUCCACAGGACAGGCUCAAUCUUACUUGCAGUGCCAAUACCAGCAAUAUUUCGUGCUGAAGAACUACAGCAUUGCCUGUGACAAUACAAAUGUUCCCGUCCACUUCGAUAGACUCUACUAAACCUGGGUCAGCCCUCUGUGCCAAGUUUCUGUGCCAGCCCCACAGUCACAGCCACCGUCUCAGACCACCAUCCACCCUGGAUAUCAGCAUCAGCCCCCACGAUCAGCUCACAACCCCUUUUACUCUCCACUGAGUGAAGAUCC